UCUUUCCUCUGCUUCUCGUCCAUCUCAUCAUCUCUUCACUCAUCGUCACAUUUCUUCACCUUCGUCAUAUACCCUCUAUCUCUCUCUUUCUUUUUUUUGUUUUGUCCCUCUUCACACGCUCCUGACCUCUGUCAUGAUUUCUGCAAACACUCCAUUGUCUAUCCAGACCCCAAAACCUGUCGACGCCACCAUCGAUGCUGCGUCCCUGACCUACCAGCAAAUCAAGGAACGAUACCAGGCUGCUGGCCAGGGCCACCUCCUUACAUUCUAUGAUGACCUCUCGGACGAAGAGCAAGCACACCUUCUUGCUCAACUUCAGACACUCAAUGUUGAGCGAUCCAACCGUAUCCACCAAAAGGCUACCACUUGCCCUUCUCCCAUGCUCACUAACCAAUCUGUUCUCCUCGCACCGCUGCCUGAAGAAUGCUUCGACUCUACCUUAGAAGCCUCUUCAGAAAAGAUUCAAGAGUGGCAGACAAUUGGUCUCGAGCAGAUUUCGCAGAAUAAAGUUGGCGUGAUCCUGCUUGCUGGAGGACAAGGUACCCGUCUGGGAUCCUCUGCGCCCAAGGGUUGUUAUAACAUCGACCUACCCUCCUCCAAAUCUUUGUUCCAGAUCCAGGCAGAGCGUAUCCUCAAGUUGCAACAGUUGGCUUCCCAGCAAGAGGGUGCUCAAAGAAAGGUCGUGAUCCCCUGGUACAUCAUGACCUCAGGUCCCACUCGUCCUGCCACUACAAAGUUUUUUGAAGAGCAUAAUUAUUUUGGACUCGAUCGUGAGAACGUUAUCUUUUUUGAGCAAGGAACCUUACCAUGCAUGACUUUUGAUGGCAAGAUCAUGAUGGAGUCCAAGUCCCAGAUCGCUGUUGCUCCCGAUGGUAACGGAGGAGUUUAUGCUGCAUUGCGUGGGACUGGAGUGUUGGCUAACAUGGCAGAACGCAAGAUCGAGUACCUUCACGCUUAUUGUGUCGAUAACUGCUUGGUCCGUGUAGCUGACCCCGUCUUUAUUGGAUACUGCAUCCAAAAGAACGCCGAUUGUGGAGCCAAGGUUGUCCGUAAAAAGUCUCCUGAUGAGCCCGUUGGAGUUGUCUGCCUCCGUAAUGCUACUUUCAAUGUUGUUGAGUACUCUGAGAUUGAUGAAGAGGUCGCGCAUAGAAUCAACCCCAAGAAUGGACAGUUGGCCUUUGGAGCCGGCAACAUCGCGAACCACUUUUACACGGUUGACUUUUUGAACAGGGUCGAGUCAUUUGAAGGAGAGCUCGAAUAUCAUAUUGCUCGCAAGAAAAUCAAAUCACUUGACUUUGCUACCGGUCAGGUCAUUACCCCAAAGCAAGUUAAUGGGAUGAAGCUCGAAAUGUUUGUUUUUGAUGUCUUCCCCUUCACACAGCGUAUGGCCGUCUUUGAGGUCGACCGCCGCGAGGAAUUCUCGCCACUCAAGAAUGCACCGGGUACUGGUCAGGAUUGCCCAGAGACUUCGAGACGUGAUAUUUUGCAACAGCACGUGCGCUUCAUUGAGAAUGCUGGUGGCAAGGUCAUCGUGGGCGAAGACGACAAACAAAUCGAGGGAGCGCCAACGCUGGAGAUCUCACCUUUAGUCACUUAUUCCGGAGAAGGUUUGAGUGAUAUCGUUGCAGGGAAAUCUAUCAAGACUCCUAUUUCAAUCGCAUCCCUGGAGGAUCUCAAGAACGCUGUCUUCUAAUUUGCUUCUUUUUUUUUUGACUUUUAUAUAAUAUCAAUAUAUAUAUUCAUUUUAUAUAUUUUUAAGCUUAUCCUUUUUCCAUAGACUCUUUUCUUUUUUUUUUU